ACAUCAUUAUAGAAUGUGUUGAAUAACACUUAUGCAUUAUACUAUGCUUGGAUAACGCCUGUGUGUAGCAUUAAUUUGUCCAAUUUCAUAUCGUCGUCUAAGUAGUAUAGUAAUAUUUUGUUGCUUUACUAUUCUCAGAUAUGAAACUCUAUUUCGUUACAAAAACAGACCAACUGCUCUAAUUUUAUCUAAAAGACAAAUAUUUUUGUAAAAUGGGUGACGGCAACACGGGAUAUGUAGCGUUUAUAAUUCUCGGUGUAUUAGUUUUCGGCGGCUUUUUGUUUUACAACUACAACAUCUGUGGAAUGAAAGAUUUCAUUAGGAAAAUGCCUUCACUGCCAAAGGAGAACCGUCUAGUUCCUAUCCCCGGGAAGACUUCAUGAAACUUAUGAUUUAAUAUUUGUAUCUGUCGUAUAUUGUUCUUG